AUGAAUAGACGCUGGACCUGGAAGUCACCACGCGGCUUCAAAACGAUGAAUGAUCAUUUUUUAGUCGGAAAAGAUGUAAAUGUGAAGAACUGUGAAACGCUAAACCUGCCAAUGUCUGACCAUAGAGCCAUUAGAAUAUCCACUGGUAACAUAAAGGACAAGAAGAUAAGCCGGGAGAAGAAAAAAGAAGAAGUGGACAUGGACAUGGUUAAUAUAAUCAGUGAGAUGGACAGGCCGCCGGACGAUUAUGAAGGAUUUAGAAAAUGGCUGAAGGAGGUAACGCAAUUCUCGAUGGUGGAAAAGAAAAACAAAGUGAAGAGAAUUAGCCAGAUAACCAGGAAUUUAAUGGAGGAAAGGAGACAAACAAGAGAUGAAUGGAUGGCUGAGAGAUGUGAAAGAAGAAAAAUGAUGGAGGUAUGCAGAAAAGUAAGAAGAUCGAUGGAAGAAGACCUCAGAAAUCACAGAAUUUAUGUCAUGGAGAAAGCCAUUGAAAGCCAAAAACUUAGGAAUGGAAGACGAGAUAUAAAAGGAUGGUCUAAGAGACGAACAAGCUUGAUAAAUAAAGAUGGGAUCCUGGUAGAAACGGCAAAUCAAGCAGCGAAAGUAGCAGCCAAAUACAUGGAAAAGCUAUAUGAAGAAGAUCACAUAGGUCAUAUUUGUGAAGAAGAAAAUGAAUUGGGACUACAAUAA